CCUCUGCUCUCCAUGGCCAUACAUCCGUUAACUCUCUUUCUCUCUCUCUCUAUUUUGUCAAGGUCCGCACUUUAAGGCCGCCUUCUCUCUUUUCUCUCUCUGCACUCUGUUCUUCUUCUUCUUCGUUCCCUUUAGCAAUGGACUCUGCAACUAUCAGAGCUUCUUCGUCUUCUCUCUCUUCUUCUUCUUCCUCCUUUUUUUCUCUUUUGCCUAACCCUAACCCUAGCCCUAACCCGGGCUUGUUUUCGUUGAGGUUUCCGGGUGGUGAUUUGCCCGUGUUUAAGUCUAUCAGGUGCAUUCAGUCUCUGCCUCCUGAUUCUGCUCCCUCCUCCCAGUCUCCGCUCAAGCCCAAUUCUCGGAGUCCUGGGUUUUCCUUCUCUUGUUCGGCGGUGUCGUUUUCUCCGUCGCGAACGUCGGAGCUCGCGUCGUGCAAGCUGGGCCGUUUGAUCUCUGAGUUUCGGGCUCUGGAGGAGCCGGUUGAUCGCGUGAAGCGACUGCUGCACUACGCGAGUGUGCUUCCGCCGUUGGAGGAGUCCGCGCGGGUGGCGGGAAAUCGAGUCAUGGGGUGUACGGCGCAGGUGUGGUUAGAGGUAAAGAUGGAUGGAGAGGGGAGGAUGAGGUUCGCGGCGGACUCGGACUCGGAGAUCACGAAGGGGUUUUGUUCGUGUUUAAUUUGGGUGCUGGACGGGGCGGCGCCGGAGGAGGUAUUGGCGUUGAAAACGGAUGAUUUGGCUGCCUUGAAUGUUGGGUUGCCCGGUGCUGGUCAUUCCAGAGUGAAUACUUGGCACAAUGUUUUGAUUGGUAUGCAUAAAAGGACUAAGGCUUUGGUCGCUGAUAGAGCGGGAAAGCCUCGUGCCGAUCCUUUUCCGUCGCUAGUAAUCAACGCUGAUGGUAUCCAUGCAAAGGGAAGCUAUGCUGAAGCCCAGGCAAGAUUUCUGUUUCCAGAGGAAUUAAAGGUUAAAGAACUAGUCAAUGUGCUAAAGGAGAAGAAAAUUGGUGUUGCGGCACACUUUUACAUGGAUCCUGAGGUCCAAGGUGUCUUGACUGCUGCACAGAAGGAGUGGCCUCACAUUUACAUCUCUGACUCAUUAAUUAUGGCAGAUAUGGCUGUCAAGAUGGCAAAAGCUGGAUGUCAAUUCAUUGCAGUUUUGGGCGUAGAUUUUAUGGCAGAAAAUGUGCGUGCCAUCCUUGAUCAAGCUGGCUUUGGAGAGGUUGGUGUUUACAGGAUGUCAAAUGAACGCAUUGGUUGCUCUUUGGCAGAUGCUGCUGCUACACCUGCAUAUAUGAAUUAUCUUGAAGCUGCUUCUGCCUCACCUCCUGCUUUGCAUGUUGUUUAUAUAAACACUUCGUUAGAGACAAAAGCAUAUGCUCAUGAACUUGUGCCAACAAUUACCUGUACUUCUUCUAAUGUUGUGCAAACCAUUCUGCAGGCAUUUGCUCAAGUUCCAAAUUUAAACAUAUGGUAUGGACCUGAUACCUACAUGGGUGCAAACAUUAGGGAGUUGCUUCAGCAAAUGACUACAAUGACUGAUGAAGAAAUUGCUGUGAUACAUCCACAACACAAUAGAGAUUCAAUAAAAUCAUUGCUAUCUCACCUGCAUUAUUAUCAGGAUGGAACAUGCAUUGUCCAUCAUCUUUUUGGACACGAAGUUGUGGAGAAGAUAAAUGAAAUGUACUGCGAUGCAUUCCUAACUGCUCAUUUGGAGGUCCCUGGAGAAAUGUUCUCUCUGGCUAUGGAAGCAAAGAGAAGAGGAACGGGGGUGGUGGGUUCCACCCAAAAUAUAUUAGAUUUCAUAAAACAGAGAGUUCAAGAAUCUUUGGAUAAGAAUCGGAAUGACCACCUCCAAUUUGUAUUAGGAACAGAAUCAGGAAUGGUGACUUCAAUUGUUGCAGCAGUUCGGACUUUGUUAGGUUCUGCCAAAUCCUCUUCUGGGAGUGCAGAUGUCACUGUUGAGAUUGUCUUUCCUGUUUCAUCAGAAUCAUUGACCAAAACAUCAUCAAAUUCAUACCUGGGGCGAAAUUCUGUUGAAAUGGGCGGUUUCAUACUCCCCGUGAUACCUGGAGUUGCUAGUGGGGAGGGAUGCUCUAUUCAUGGUGGCUGUGCAUCCUGUCCUUACAUGAAGAUGAAUUCUCUUAGCUCACUGCUUAAAGUUUGCCACCAUCUGCCUCAUGAGAAAGAAGUACUCUCAGACUAUGAAGCUGGGCGAUUCCAUUCGCAAACUCCUAAUGGGAAUUCUAUUGCAGAUGUUGGAUGUGAGCCCAUUUUGAACAUGAGACACUUCCAGGCUACAAAAGAAUUGCCAGAGAAGCUCGUCUCCCAGAUCCUCCAUUCGCACAGCAAUGGAAGAUCAACUUCAAUAAGUUGAACAGGGUAGGACAAGAAACAUCAACUUCAAUUAGUCAAGCACUAUAGGCCAUGAAACGGCUGCUGCUAUUUGAGUCGGGUUGCAAUGUGGUGGAAGGCUUCCCUUGAAGCAAAAGUUGUCCUGUUUCUGGUGCCAGUACUUUCCUUUCACCACAAUUUUUGUGAUACAAGUCUUUUCUUUCUCACAUUUGUUUCCCUUGUUUGUUCAACAGAUAGUUCAGUCUUAAAUUUAUAUAUAAAUAAAAUUCAUGUUAAAUA